ACACACACACACACACACACACACACACACACACACACACACACACACACACACACACACACACACACACACAGAGCAGCCCCACGGGCUCUCUGUGAUCCAUCGGUUUAUGUCAUUUUAAUCCCCUGGUCUGUGGGUUUGUGUGGCUCUAGUAUUUUUGCUGUUUUUUGACGGAUUCCCAAACUGAUGACAGCACACAGAAACUUUCGCUUUGGAAUAAUAAUAUCCCAGAAAACAUCAAGUCACAGCCUUCAAAAGAAGAGGUUCCACUGAACUCUGCUGGACUGGUCUGGUCAUCAGGUUGUCUGGCUGUCAGCAGCAUGUCUCUGUGGCUGCAGCUCGCUCUGAGCCUGGGGCUACUCCCCGUGUGUUGGGCGGCAUCAGUUCCUGUUUCCUGUGGCUCAAUCUACAAGAGCUUUGCGGGGUGUCUGGUCACCCUGGGGGACAGCAUGGGGGACAGCAUGGGGGACACGCAGAAGGACUCCAGCACACAGGACAUUGACGCGAUCUGCAGGUCGUGGAAUGCCUUCCAUGUUUGUGCCAGCUCUGCGCUGUCCGGUUGCCCCGGCGACGCAGCAGCUGUCUGGGAGUCACUCCGCCAGGAGUCCAGAAAGACGGAGUUCUCCGGAAACCUUUACGAUCUGUGUGCCAGCCGCACAACCCUGGCACCCAGCACCCUGCCCCCGUCCCAAGGACCACCCACUUCAGAUCAGACCAAUCAGGAGACGCUGAAAGGCCACUGCUCCAAACAGAGGCCGGUUUCCCCUGUUCUCCUGGUGGCCCUUGCCAGCCUGCUGCUGGCACUCAUGGCCUAGCACUGCCUGGGUGAACACGUGACUUUUGGCUGGCCGGUUAUGGGCGGUUCUGUCUGAUUCUGUCUGGUUCUGGCCGGUUCUGGCCGGUUCUGGCUGGUUCUGGCCGAUUCUGUCCGGUUCUAUCUGGUUCUGGCCGGUGCUGGCCGGUUUUGUCCGGUUCUGGCUGCUUCUGGCUGGUUCUGUCUGGGUUUGGCCGGUCCGAACAGGUGGACGUGAUGAACACUUGUACAGGACUCAGUGUGGAUGUGUGGACUUUCCUUCAAGGUUAUUCGUGUUAAGUGACUUUUCUUUUACGCUUAACCUUGAAGAUCACACUGAUGAAGAUUCCAAAAAUAAAAUCUAGAACAAUCCAUCGAAUGGCACAUGAUAAUAUUGUGCAUGAAUUUAGUCUGCUUUGAUCAGGUCUGGAUAAUAAAGGGAGGUUUUGACAUUGAUUUGAUUGACAGGUUUUCAGCUCUGUCGGAGAUCCAAUAGUUGUUUUGUUCCUUAACAAAGGACAUCUUACUUUGUGAAGACAGAAUAUAUUUUUUUACUGAAAACAUUCUCCAUCCUGUUAAAAUCAGGGCUUUCCUCAAUAUGUUAAAAGUCUGACCUAAAAAUAUUCUUCCUUAUAUGUCAAAACCUAUUCUUAAUGACAUUUUAAAAUUCAAAGCAAGGCAUUCUAUACAUAAUAAUAACAACAGUAUUUUAUUUUUUCAUUGCAUAUGUUCAAUUAUUAACACAUUGAUUUUUGUACAAAAUCUAUGAUUUUGUGCAUAACGUAAGUAAUUAGCACAAUUCCCUCCUUCAAAAACCGCCAAACCUUGUGAUACAAUUUAAAUCUCAUUAUUUGUAUGGGUCAUUAAAGAAUGACUAAAUACGCAGAUGUUUCUAACACUAAGUAAUAAAAUCUCUUUGGAGUGUU